UUAGAUCGAUGACCCUGAGAAAGGAAGAUGGCAGAGUUUGGCCACAGCAGAUUUUCCACAAAGGGUUUUUUUGUAAAUGAUGUAACCAAAGGAUGUGAAACCAUUUUCAGUCUAUGUGAAGCAAAGGUGAGUGGAGAAACUAAAGCUAGCAGAGCUCUGAGUGCUCGCACCUCAAACAAGACCAACACUGAGCAGAAGCAGAUCUCAGGAUGGCAGAUGUAGAGAACCAAAAAGCUGUGACUGAAAGUGGCCCGAUGUAUCCCCCACCUCCACAUAUGCCCCCUUCGUAUCCCAUCGGCCCCGUUUACCCACAGCCUGUUCCUCCACCAGUCGGCUUUAUUGCACCCGUUCUGCCACCAGAAGAAGCCGCAGUCAACAAAACAGAAGAGACGAGCCCAGAAACUGCUGUACUUCCACCUGAGGAGCAUCAGGUGUUUGUCUCCGCAUUUGACGAUAAUAAAGUCCAGAAAGCGUUUAUCAGAAAGGUGUUUAGUGUGGUAACUAUUCAGCUACUGGUCACGUUUACUGUAGUCUGCGUCUUCACCUUCUCAAAGACAGUCAAGGAAGCGGUCCAGAAGAACAUCUGGAUUUACAUCAGUUCGUAUAUUGUGUUUAUGGUGGUGGCCCUGUGUCUCUCGGUGUCCUCCACGUUCAGUCGCAAACAUCCCUGGAAUCUGGUGGGACUGUCAAUGGUGACACUGAGUUUAUCCUACAUGGUGGGAACUGUAGCCUCAUAUCACAACACAACUGCUGUGAUCAUCGCUUUAGGGUCAACUCUGGUCAUCUCUUUCACCAUCAUCAUCUUCUCUGCCCAGACUCGUUUGGACUUCACUAUUUGUAAUGGCGUUCUGCUCAUACUGUCCAUCGACUUGCUCAUGUUUGGAUUCUUCAGCAUCUUUUUCUACUCCUCUGUUCUGCAGAUUGUCUACGGAUGUCUGGGAGCACUUCUUUACGCUUUGUUUCUAGCAGUGGACUGUCAGCUGGUGAUGGGCAGGCAAAAAUACAGCCUCGAUCCCGAAGAAUACAUUUUCGCCGCUCUAAUUAUCUAUCUGGACAUCAUUAUGAUAUUCCUCUACAUACUUAUGAUCCUGGGCGGAGGCUCCAAAAAUUAAACCCACACAUACCCACACCCACACACAAGUCGAGAUGCUCUCCAAAUCUACAGGUGAGGUGACCAGCUGCAUUAAACCGUCUGACCUCAGGUUUCAUCAUUUCAUUCAUCUGCACUGCUCCCUCUACCGGCUCAAUGUCUCUGCUGCUUUGUGUUUGUAUUGGUAAACAUGCACUUACAUUAUCCAUAUAUAAUCACGUCGUCUACUCUUUUCUAGUUUAGUCUCAAUAAUGUUUUGUAAGUCAGUUAAAUGCCUUAAUAUUUACGGUAUUUUGCAUCCAUUAAAUUAAAAACACCCCAUAAUGUGAAUCAUGAAAAGCUUUAAUAUGUGACUAUGCUCUUUUUUUGAAUGCUUUAAUGAUAUUAAUAAAGCUUUUAUAUAUUU